GGGAAGCGAGGCUCAGGGCGGAUGCCACCAGCGCGACCGGCCGGUGAGGGAGAGUCUCAGACUGGAGGGGCAGUUGGCACCAGUUCCAGCGCGACUGGCCGACCUCCUGGCACCCCCGCUCUUCUGCGUUUGAAAUUGAGCGGGCGAGAGGCUCCGGUCCUCUUUGAGACUGAUUGGGUGGAACCGACGAGGCGAUGGGGCGACGCCCCGCAGGGACGACGGAAUGCCGCACUGAUAGGGAUGAGUCUCCCCUACAAGAUAGUCAACGAGAGAGCCCAGGACCACGGUAUCCGCGCAAUGCCAUCCGAUGAAUGACACAACAGUCGGUCUCUUCGCAUGUCGUCGGCUGCAUCUGUGUGUAGGCAGGACGUUGGCGGAGAGACUCAGGGACAACGAACCCAUCGUGAUCAAUGGCAGCGCCAAGCUGUGGGACGAGCACACGAGCAUGGUCUUCAGCGAAGGCUUCCCUGUCGAGUUGCCCAAGGACGUCACAGUGAGCCGGGUGAAAGCCGAGCUCAAGCGAUGGGGGAUUGUGGCGGAGGAGACCGAUAUCCUAUCCACCCAAAUACUAAGGUGGGCGCUCAAGGAUUGAGUCGGAAAUGCAUCUGUACAUUUCAUGGCGGCUGUCUGAUCUCUCUCAGAGUCUUGUGUUUGAGGUUAUGGGAGAGUGUGCAGCGGUGGUGGCGGAGAGGGCGUGAGCCAACACUGCUAUAACAGUAAUGCACCACCGCCACCACAGCAAAUGGACGAGGGGGGUGUUGACAGUGAAGCAUAUGCCCUUGACUCCCUCCCUCUCCCUCUGCA